CUUAUCAAAGAAAAACCCUAGUAGCUGAUAGCUUCAGAAGCAGAGUGGUCGCCAUUAGAGUUCCAUCGUAUCCACUGCUCAGCAGCUGCUACAACUCGUCCGGCCAAAAUGACAUUCAAGAGAAGAAACGGAGGUCGUAACAAGCAUGGACGUGGCCACACUAAAUUCAUUCGCUGCUCUAACUGCGGCAAGUGCUGCCCUAAGGACAAAGCAAUCAAGAGGUUCCUUGUGAGGAACAUCGUUGAGCAAGCAGCAGUGAGGGAUGUUCAGGAAGCUUGUGCUUUUGAAUUGUACACUCUUCCUAAGCUGUACUUGAAGAUGCAAUAUUGUGUCUCAUGUGCCAUCCACUCCAAAGUUGUUAGGGUCCGCUCUGUUACUGAUAGGAGGGUCCGUGAGCCUCCACAGCGCUUCAGACGCCCAAGGGAUGAUGCUCCCAAGCCUGGUCAAGCUCCACGCCCUGCCGGAGCUCCUACUGCAGCUCGUACUUAAGUGCCUACAUUUUGAUCAACUACUGUUAGGCUUUUUGGUUUUAGUUAAUUUGAGAUGUGUUUUUGAAGUGGAUUUCUCUAUUUAGUAUUACUGGAAUGAUCAUUAAAUUUGUGUAUGCAAAUCUCAAGCAAACAGGCCUGUUGUUCGUCCUAUUGCUUAUAUAGCCUUUGCAAUUAAACUUUUUGCUUACACCCAACAAAAAAAA